UUUCGAUGUUACGUACGGGACGUAAACUACGUCACUUCCUCUCUGUAAUGGACAUCCGCACGUGUUGAGCGAGUGACUGUUUACAGCACAGUACUUGUUAAUUCUUGCCCAAAAUCACAGAUAUUGUAGCUACAUCUUCCGUCAAACUACAGCGAUGCCGAAGGUGAAAAAAAACAACAGCGGAGGAGGAGAGACGAGCGGAGGAGCCGUGUCGCUGGCUGACCAGAUCCUGCAGGCGGACACGAUGCGAGCCAAAGGCCGGGUAAAGAGCAGAGACAGCCGGGCAGAGUGUGAAGACAAGUACGUGGACGAGCGUCUGUCGCGGAAGAUCUUACAACAGGCACGGAUUCAACAAGAGGAGCUUCAGACCGAAUAUGGCCUGGAACCAGAGAAGAAGAAAACACCAGUCACUGUUCUCGGUCCUGACACUCAGGAUGCAGACUCUGAUGAGGAGUGGCCAGCGCUGGGAGCAGCAGGUGCUGAUGAUGGUGAUGUUGUGUGUGGCAACGAAGUGGUCGUUGACCCUGACGACGAGAAGGCCAUGGAGAUGUUCAUGAAUAAAAACCCUCCUAUGAGACGGACCUUAGCUGAUAUUAUCAUGGAGAAGAUUACAGAGAAGCAGACUGAGGUAGGGACAGUAAUGUCAGAGGUGUCAGGGCGUCCAAUGCCCCAGCUCGACCCUAGGGUAACAGAAGUGUACAAAGGUGUCAAUAAGGUUCUGUCCAGGUAUCGCAGCGGUAAAUUGCCAAAGGCUUUUAAAAUAGUCCCAGCACUUUCAAACUGGGAGCAGAUUCUUUAUUUGACUGAGCCUGAGACGUGGACAGCAGCUGCCAUGUACCAAGCAACGAGAAUCUUCUCGUCCAAUCUGAAAGAGCGAAUGGCUCAGAGGUUUUACAACUUGGUGCUGCUGCCCCGAGUACGGGAUGAUAUCGCAGAGUACAAAAAACUCAACUUUCAUCUCUACAGUGCUCUGAAGAAGGCUUUGUUCAAACCAGGGGCAUGGUUCAAAGGUAUACUGAUUCCUCUGUGUGAAUCUGGGACAUGUACUCUGAGGGAAGCCAUCAUCAUCGGAAGCAUACUCACAAAGUGCUCAAUCCCUGUGCUUCACUCCAGCGCUGCAAUGCUUAAGUUGGCAGAGAUGGAGUACAACGGCGCCAACAGCAUUUUCCUGCGCCUCUUGCUCGACAAGAAAUAUGCCGUGCCUUUCCGUGUCCUAGAUGCCUUGGUGGCCCACUUCCUGUCUUUCCGCAGUGAAAAACGUGUGCUUCCUGUGCUAUGGCAUCAGAGUUUACUCACCCUGGCUCAGCGCUACAAGGCUGACCUGGCCUCCGAACAGAAGACGGCAUUGCUAGAGCUGCUCAAGAUACAAACACACCCUGUGGUCUCUGCAGAGAUUCGCAGAGAACUGCAAAACUCAGAAUCAAGAGAUCUUGAAAUUGGGCUCCCCGUCACAGUCGAAAUGGAAUGAGGAUUCAGAGUGGUCUGGCACUUCCUCUUUCUCUGAUCCAAAUGAUACAUGGUUUCUUCAGCAUGAAGGAAAUUGUGUAAAAUCUAACUUCCUGACCCACAGAAGGACAGUUUCAAAGAUGGCAGUCUCACAUAAUUAUGUUCCCUACUUGGAUGAGUUUGCACAUUCAAAAAUGCACAUCAGUACUGAUGUAGAUGUUGUAAUUUUAUAUGAGGAAUCUCUGAGAGUUGCAGUGCAGUGAUUACUUGGGAGUACAAAUACUGAUAUUUGUACUCAUUUGAUUAAGAGCAACUUUGUUGUUUUGAAGCAACACUUUGGAUUAGAACAAUCUUUAUCCUUAAAAGUUGUCAAGGGAUCCUGUGUUUCUCUCCAUUUUAUGUUCCCAACUGUUAAAGCAAUAACAAAGAUGGAUGGUUUGCAGCCUGGUUUUCAAAAUAUUUACUUUACUUGCCUUGGUGUCUUCAAAUAGUAAAUAAAAUUUGAUACAGAAUUUUCUGAAACAUUUA